AUGCUCCAGCCGUCUCUGCAAAACCCAAGUCAAGAGGUCGUAAGCACAUCGUCACGUUCGAAAACUCGCAGCACUCCUACCGCUAGGAGCCUGCAGAAAGUUCAGAAAUCCAGCGCAGCUUCGGUUGAGACUGCGACGACCAAGUCUCAAAAGCAGGCUAUAGCCUUGCCAUUGCCCUCGCCGCUUUCAAAGACGGGACCGCCUACAUCCCCUGCCCGUGCUGCGAAGCCCAAGGCCACCGAACUGCCUAAGCGACCCGCAUGGAAGAACUAG